AUGGCUCAUAGAGAGGAAUUCGAAACCACCGAUGUGGUGAUAUGUGGUUGUGGACCAACCGGGGCAAUGCUGUCGGCCUAUCUUGGUCAGAUGUCGAUUCGCAAUGUUGUCCUGGAAAAGCAUGACGAAAUUACUACCGAUCCGAGAGGAAUUGCUCUAGAUGAAGAUGGAAUUCGUCUGCUUCAGGGGGUUGGAAUUUACCAAUCAAUCUAUACUGAGAUUGGGUCGUGCAUGGGAAGGUUCCAGUUCGUCGGGGGUACUGAUUCAAACUUGGACAAGAAACCCUUUGCGGAAAUAAAUCUCGAGAUGACCCAAGGUACAGGCCAUGUGGGCUUCCUUUGUCACAAGCAGCCAGCAAUGGAGAAACAUUUAAGAAUAGCAAUGGCUUCGUCUGAAUUCUGCGAGCUGAGAUCAGGCUGUACAAUUGACUAUCUUUCAGAAGAUGGAGACUGGACAUACUGUCGCUAUUCUGAUGCCCAAGGAAGCAGGAAGCAAGUUCGAUCGCGAUUCUUUAUUGGCGCUGAUGGUAAAACCGGAUUCACGAGAAAGCACUAUCUCGAGUCCCGGGGAAUCAAAAUGGAACAGGCUCAUCGCGCCUUUUACGAUGAAACAUGGGUGGCAUUGAACUGGAAGAUAUCAUUGCCCAAUGAAAAGACACACCCUGAUUUCCCACUUUGGUCUUUGGGGUAUACCCCGGAGCAGGUUUACGAUCUUUUCUUUCCAGUUAGUUUCCGGUUUCUGUGUAAUCCGACACGGCCUGCUGUUUGUGGGCGGUUUGGUUUACCAUCAGACCGACUAUGGCGAUUUGAAUUUGUUGUAUUGAAAGAUGAAGAUGGCGAAGAGAUGGCACAGCCUGAGAUGAUAAAAAAAGUCGUUUUUCCGUAUAUCACACAUCCGGGUACUCGCUAUGGAUUGAAGCAAGAUAUCACAUAUCCUGAGGACUGUAUCAAGGUUCUCCGGUCACGUCCGUUUAGAUUCGCAGCUCGGAGUUGCAACAGAUGGUCUCAUGGCCGCGUCGUCUUAUGCGGCGAUGCAGCGCAUGUCUUUCCGCCGUUUGGAGGUCAAGGAAUUGCAUCUGGAUUCCGUGAUGCUAUAUCUCUGGCAUGGCGUCUUGCAUUACUUUGCAGACCUCAACCCUUUGGGCCUAGCUAUCACGAUAAAGUCCUGAGCGCCUGGUAUUUAGAACGCAAGCAGCAGCUCGAACGAUCCCUCUCAACUACCAUCCAAAACGGACAGUUCGUGACAGAGAGUAAUCCCAUCAAGAUCUUUUUACGUGAUUGGUACUUCUUUCUCAUACGCCUGAUUCCAUGGUUGUGCCGGUCACAAUUUGAUGGCCGAAACGAAAUGGUCCAGUACAAAUACUCAGCUGGAAUGCCAUUCAUCCCGGAGUAUAGCGGCGGCUUGUGUCUUCCUCAGGUAUACUGCAAAGCUGUUGAUCGGCCGGCUGGUGAUGUCCUCUUUACCGAUGAUGUUAUCUUCGGACCACAUAAAAAGGGACUAUUCCAACUCCUCGUCUAUCUCAAGAGCUUGAGUGAACUUACACAAGCUCGAGAGGAGAUAUCCGAUAUCGAAGAUAUCUCAAAAGGAGAGCUUCAUCUUGAGGAAGUGACAUUCAUUGUCGAGGACAUGCAGUGCAAUCCAUCAGAAGCAGCAGGACAAGACCUUUCUUCUGUAUUCCGGCUUGCGAAUGGAGAAGAGUUUUCAAAUUCCCCUCUAUGCCAUCGACGUCCAAAGGCAUUGCGUUAUGACCCUUACUAUCUUGGGAAUGAGCUGCGAGGGAGCAGGUUUGUGAUUGCUCGACCUGAUCGGUUUACGUUUGCGGCGUGUGACAAUAAGGAGGAUCUUAAAAGUGCAGCUCUGGGGGUAGUUGCGUACCUUCAGGGAGGAGAUAUUAGGUAUUAUUGA